CCGGUAGAGUUUUAGUGUCAAUAUGUAUUGUCAUUUGUCCACUACAACUUUUAAAGGCAGCAAAAAUAUUAUAAAAUAUAUCUAUAAAUUAAAAAGAGAGGCACAUGAAGUGAAUUAAGAGAAAAAAGAAAAAGCGGGUUGAUGAAGGGGAAAAAAAAAAGAAAAAAAGCUAGUAGUAAUCAACUCGGAAACUGAUUUUGUCGUUGGACAAAACAAAAGAGAAGAAGCUAAUUGAUAAAGAUACAGUUGAGUUGGGCUUAAGUAAAGCUAACCAUUCUUUGGACGUGGAUGCUUUGGGCCACUCUGUUAGAGCUGCUUAUUGUUCUAAUCUAAUUGUGGGAACCGAAACUCUGAUAAUGUGAAUUUGGCCUGAAUGUUAGGGCUAUGGGAGAGGUGUCCAACGUUGAUGUUUCCAAUCAUCCAUCUACCAUCGACACACGAGUAGACAGUAAGGUGAGGAAGCUGAAAUCUCUGGUAGAUUUUGUGGGGAUGCCACCGCCGAAGAAAGGAUACAAUAGUAGUAAAAAACAACGAAAAUCAGGCUCUCUGUUACUGCUGUUUCAAAACAAUCGAAAUAAGGUUUCAUUUUCAAGCUCAGCUCUCUUUGGUUUUCCAUUUUGCUUACCUUCAAGAUAUGGGUAAGCUUCCUUCUUCUUUUAUUCUUCGCUCGGUUGUUAAUGCUGGAAGCCAUCUUUCUAAUUUCCACUCUUUUUCUUCUUCUUCUAACACCAUUGCUACCGACAUCGAAGGCCUAAGUAAGAAACCCAUGUCCAUGCCCGUUAGAGGAAAGGGAAAAAGAGACCACCGCUUCGAUAAUGUUGAUCAUGCUUUGAUUUUGUUCAAUAAGAUGAUUGAAAAGUACCCAAAGCCUUCAAUUGUGGAAUUUAAUAAAUUAUUAGGAGCCAUUGUUAGGAUGAAACAUUAUGCCAUUGCUGUUUCUAUGUAUAGACGGAUCGAAUUAUUGGGAGUUUCCCACGAUGUUUAUUCUUUGAACAUCUUGAUUAAUUGCUUUUGUCAAAUAGGUCGAAUUGAUUUUGGGUUGUCUGUUUUGGGGAAAAUGCUGAAGUUAGGUUUUGAACCUAGUGCUGUAACUUUUUCAACCUUGAUUAAUGGACUUUGUAAUCAAAAUAAGAUUUCUGAGGCUGUUAGUAUGUUCGAUGGAAUGACUGAAAGAGGGUAUCAACCUAAUUUGAUUGUUUACAGUACAGUACUUAAGGGGUUGUGUAAGACCGGUAAUACUGGUAGAGCUGUUAGGUUUCUAAGGCUGAUGGAAAGCAGAGGUUUUGAACCUAAUAUUGUAGCAUAUAGUACCAUCCUUGACUGUCUUUUUAAGAACGGGUUGUUGAAGGAGGCUCUCGAUCUCUUCUCCGAAGUGAAGGUUAAAGGCAUUAGACCAAAUAUCUUUACUUACAGUUGCUUAAUUCAUGGUAUGUGUAAUUUGGGCCAGCUGGAGGAGGCAACAAGGCUUUUGAAUGAAAUGGUGGAUAACAAUAUUUCACUUAAUAUUGUCACAUAUAAUAUAUUGAUCGAUGCACUUUGCAAGGAAGGAAUGAUUUCUAAAGCUAUAGAGAUCGUUGACACAAUGAGAAAGAAAGGCAUUGAGCCCAAUGUUGUUACAUAUAGUAUAUUGGUUGAUGCACAUUGCAAGGAAGGGAUGGUCUCUGAAGCUGAGGAUAUCGUUGACGCAAUGAUAAAGCGAGGCAUUGAGCCUAAUGUUGUUACCCAUAAUGCAUUAAUCAACGGCCAUUGCUUGCAGAACAAAAUGGAUAAAGCUAGAAGAGUUUUCAACUUGAUGAUUGAGAAGGGUUGUGCACCUGAUAUAGUUACUUACAGCACCAUGAUCAAUGGAUAUUGCAAAGCGAAGAGGUUAGACGAAGCAAUGGAACUCUUUCAUGAAAUAUCUCAAAAGGGACCAAUCCCGAAUACUGUCACAUACAACACUCUUGUGCAAAGUAUGUUUCAGUUAGGGAAAGUUUCAACUGCUUGUGAACUUCUUAGAAAGAUGCUUGCUUCUGGACAAGUUCCAAAUAUAGUAACGUUUUUGAUUUUCCUAGAUGGCUUAUGCAAAACAGGUAAUCUCAAAGAGGCAUUGAAACUUUUUCAAGCAAUGCAAAACAGUGGGUUGGAACUUGAUAUUGUCCCAUAUACUAUCCUAAUUAAUGGGUUGUGCAAAGCUGAGCAAAUCGAAGUUGCAAAGGAAUUAUUUCAUCAACUCUCAGACAAUGGUUUAAAACCAAAUGUUUACAUAUAUUGUGUAAUGAUUAAUGGACUGUGUAAAGAGGGAUUGCCAGAUGAAGCAUACAGGUUGUUUGGGAGCAUGGGAGAUAAUGACUGUUUGCCUAACAGCUCCUGUUAUAAUGUAAUGAUCCGGGGGUUCCUUCAAAACAGCUAUACCUCAAAGGCAACGCAACUUCCUACGGAAAUGGUUGGUAAGGGCUUUUCUGCAGAUAUAUUCACUGCCACCUUAUUUAUAAAUCUCAUUACACACUCUAAUAAAUCAAUCUUGCUGUGAAAUGUUUCACAAAUUGUGUGAAGAUCAUCACUUGCAAUGUGAAUCAGUGUGUAUAUAACCAUUGUACAGUGAUAAAAGAUUUUGUAAACUAGAAUGAGUUUUAGUGUCCAUUUUCAAUUUUGUUGAUUUUAUUCUGACUUGUGUAGUAAGUGAGAAUCUUGUUGGUGGUAUAGGGGAAAA